AUGCCGUCCUCUAUUGAUCCGGCCAUCCUCACCGCGCUCAACAUCGACAAAGACAGCGCUACACUCUCAUCCGUCGGCGGCUCAGGCUUCUCAUCCACCCUCAAGCUCUCCACCACCAAAGACGGCCAGCCAUUCGACUGCUUUAUCAAGACGGGCUCCGGCGAAGGAGCAAGAAUCAUGUUCCAAGGCGAACACGCCUCCCUCAACGCAAUCCACAACACCGUCCCCAACUUCUGCCCCAAAUCCUACGCCCACGGCCCUCUCGCGCAACAGCCCAACAAGCACUUCCUCGCCACCGACUUCCUCCGCCUGGGCUACGCGCAAUCACCAGGCUCCGGCGUCUCCUUCGCCGCCAAGCUCGCCAGGCUGCACUCCACGCCCGCGCCCGUCCCAGAGGGCUUCGAUCGGCCCAUGUUUGGCUUCCCCGUGCCGACCUGCUGCGGGGACACGGAGCAGGACAAUUCGUGGCGGGCUUCCUGGGCCGAAUUUUACGCUGACAAUAGGCUGCGGUGCAUCAUGAGGCGCAUCGUUGAGAAUCACGGGCCCGACGACGAGGCGGCUGACAUGCUUGAAACGGUGGCCGGCAAGGUCGUCCCGCGCCUGAUUGGAGACGACCGCAUCAAGAUUACGCCCGUGGUGGUGCACGGCGAUCUGUGGAGCGGUAAUCAUUCGUCGGGGCAGAUUGCCGGCAAGGGCGGUCGCGAAGAGGUUGUCUUUGACCCGUCUUGCGUCUACGGCCACUCCGAGUAUGAACUCGGCAUCAUGAAGAUGUUUGGCGGCUUUGGGAGUUCGUUCUGGAGCGAGUAUGAGAACUUGAUGCCCAAGGCGGAGCCCAAGGGCGAAUGGGAUGACCGCGUUAUGCUCUACGAACUAUAUCACCACUUGAACCACUACUCGAUCUUCGGAUCAGGGUAUCGUGGAGGAGCCAUGUCAAUCAUGAAGAAGCUGGUAUCCAAAUACGGUAGCUAA